AUGGGGGAUGUUGAAGGAUGGUUGUUCAUCACUCGCUCCACCGCCUCAUCAUCAUCCGAACUCCUCAACCAACAACAAGCACAACAACCUCCACCUCCACCUCCACUCAGCAUGCCAGCUUACCAUUCGGCAUACAACCAUGCAACCGACUAUCGCCCGGUCGCAAACAUGGUCAUCUUACCCAUCCGAUCCAAGAUCCGCGGACCAGCACCACCUCUAGCCAACCCGAGCGACAUGGACAUCGUAGACGAAGCGCUCGACCUCUUCAAAUCCAACAGCCUGUUCCGCAACUUCGAGAUCAAGGGCUUUGCCGAUCGGGUGCUCAUCUAUCUGAUCCUCUUCAUCUCCGACUGUCUCCACCGGAUCAGCCUGCUCAAGCCCCACCAGAACAACAAGAACGAGGCCAGCAAACAGCUCCUCUCCUACAGCUUGGAUAACUUCUUCCUGCCCGGCGAACCCGGAUUCCCGAUGAAUGGCAUCUAUGCUCCCCCCAAGGACAAAAUCGACGCCGAUUUGCUCAAACAAUAUCUCACUCAGAUCAGACAAGAAUGCUCGCUUCGAUUGAUCGAAAAAGUCUACAAUACUCCCGACGGAAAGCCGAGUAAAUGGUGGAUGUGUUUCCAGAAGAGGAAAUUCAUGGGCAAAAGUUUAUCUUGAAUCGAAGGAAUUCCUCUGGUUUUUCUGUCUGUUUUUGGCUUGUGUUCGAUCACCAAAAUAAAACGAAGGAAGAAAAAUACAUAUGACUGGUUUCCAGUCUGCCG